AUGAGGAAACCAACUAUAGAAGGUCAGCUCUUUUAUGUUGAGGAAAUGGAUCAGUUGGCAGAUGAGCUUCUAGAAGAGUUAUCAACAGAGGAUCCACUACAAGUUGCUUUGACCAAGGAUUCUUCAGAGGGAUAUGUGAGCUCAGAAACUGAUGAGUACAAGAAGCUCCUUGACACCUUCAGACCAGUUCCAAACAUUCUGAGCAUUGAGGGAUUGGACAGGCCAGUUUGCGAAGUCAUGGCAGCGCCUAAAGUCGACCUCAAACCUUUGCCUGAGGGCCUCAGGUAUGCAUUUCUGGGUGAAAACUCAACUUACCCUGUCAUUGUGAACUCUGAUUUGGAACCUGAACAGUUGAGUGCUUUGCUUGUUGAAUUGAGGAAGUACAGAAAGGCAAUAGGUUACACUCUAGAUGAUAUCAAGGGGAUCUCCCCUGACCUAUGCAUCCAUAGGAUUCAUCUAGAGGAUGAAAGUAAGUCAAGCAUUGAACCUCAGAGAAGAUUGAACCCCAAUCUAAAGGAAGUAGUGAAGAAAGAGAUACUCAAGUUGCUUGAUGCUGGGAUAAUCUAUCCCAUCAGUGAUAGCACUUGGAUAUCUCCAGUUCAUUGCGUCCCAAAGAAAGGGGGGAUCACUGUCAUUAAAAACGACAAAGAGGAGCUGAUUCCCACUAGAACAAUAGUGGGGCAUCGCAUGUAUGUUAGAAAGAUUGGCAAACCACCCUUUUAUUGUUUUCUUGAUGGCUACAGUGGUUUCUUCCAAAUCCCGAUCCACCCUAAUGAUCAGGAGAAGACCACUUUCACAUGCCCUUAUGGCACCUUUGCUUAUCGAAGGAUGCCAUUUGGGCUGUGCAAUGCUCCAGCUACUUUCCAGAGGUGCAUGACCUCCAUUUUUUCAGAUCUGAUAGAGGAGAUGGUAGAAGUCUUCAUGGACGAUUUCUCAGUCUAUGGAGCAUCCUUCUCCUCAUGUUUGUCUAACUUGUGCAGGGUGUUGCAGAGGUGUGAGGAGACCAAUCUAGUACUCAACUGGGAGAAGUGCCACUUCAUGGUUCGAGAAGGGAUUGUGCUUGGACACAAGAUUUCCGAGAAAGGGAUCGAGCUCGAUCGAGCUAAGGUGGAUGUCAUGUUGCAGCUCCCUGUUCCCAAGACUGUGAAGGACAUAAGGAGUUUUCUGGGUCAUGCAGGGUUCUACAGAAGAUUCAUCAAGGAUUUCUCAAAGAUAGCAAGACCCUUGACAAGGCUUCUGUGCAAGGAGACAGAUUUUGAGUUUGAUGAAGAAUGCCACAAGUCUUGGACCUUGCUGAAGGAUGCUCUGGUGUCUGCGCCAAUAGUACAAGCUCCAAACUGGGAUCACCCAUUUGAGAUUAUGUGUGAUGCAUCUGACUAUGCAGUAGGAGCAGUGCUUGGCCAAAAGAUAGACAAGAAACUCAAUGUCAUCUACUAUGCAAGCAAGACUAUGGAUGAUGCUCAGUGCAAGUAUGCAACCACAGAGAAGGAACUCCUUGCCAUAGUCUUUGCCUUUGAGAAGUUUCGAAGCUAUAUAGUUGGAUCCAAGGUGAUUGUGCACACUGACCAUGCUGCCCUUAGACACAUCUUCGCUAAGAAAGAUACAAAGCCAAGACUUCUCAGAUGGAUCCUUUUGCUUCAAGAGUUUGAUAUAGAAGUUGUGGACAAAAAGGGAGUAGAAAAUGGAGUUGCUGAUCAUCUCUCUAGGAUGCGAGUUGAAGACAUGAUCCCCAUCAAUGAUUCUAUGCCUGAAGAACAGCUUAUGGCAAUCAUGAUCUUGAAAGGAGAGUUUUGA